CCAAUUUUGAAAUCACAGAAAAUUCCAAAUCCAAAAAUGCAAAAUUGAAAAAAAAAAAUCUCCCUUAAAGACUCUUCCUUGAAGACGAACCAAACCUCGUUCAUUCCUCCUCCGCUCCAAUGGAGGAACCCGGUUUGGAUCCCGGAUCGUACCCAAUUCCGCCCGCUUCAGUCCAUCUCGCCCCAUUCUUCUCCCUCGGUCCGCCUCCGUCUGCUCGUCUCCUGUCAAGCCACUUCACUCGUCGUACCCAGCCACUGCAUUCGUCUCGGCGGCUCGGUUACACAUCUCUCCAGGGUUUGCUCGUCAAUUCCCAUGAGGCCAGCUCGGCGCGAUCCAUCGGCGGCGGCGGGUUGAGCCGAGAGGAAACCCUCGCGUGGGAGCUCUUCACGCCUUACCAAAGGUUCCUGAUUGUGGCGGUCAUUGGCGUCGCCGCCUCUGAGUCGAAGAAGAAUGGUUUGAUUCGGCAGCUCCAGAAAUCGGUUGACCUCAGGGACCAUGUUCUUUCAAGCAUGCAGCAGAAGCUGGAUGAUCUGUGUCAACAACUAAAUCUUGCCAAGGAUCAGUCUGGAAAUGCUUUCAAGGUCUCAGAUCAUGAUGAUCUACAAUCAACUUUUACAGAAAAUUUCGGAUCUGAGAAAGUUAAAUUCGUAGACUGUGGUUGCUGGCUAUGUGAUCAACAUCAUCACUCACCACCUGCUAUACAGGAUAAAACUCCCACAAAUCCGGUGAUUGACACAGAGCCAGAGGAAAGGCGUAUGUCUUACAUGUCAGAUUGGUGUUCUAGUGUCACUUCUGCUGCAGAAAUCCAUUUCGAGAAUCUUUCACUCGACCAAGACAUGCUUUCUCUCAGAAAGGAGUGUCAAGAGAAAGAUGCUACAAUAAAGGACCUAACUUCAUUUCUUCAGUUAACCAACAAAGCUGGUUCAAAACGAGAAACAGAACUUGAAGAGAUUAUUCGCAGGAAGAAGACGAUAAUUAAGAAGCUCAAGAGAGACGUACUGGUGUUAGAAGAAAAGGUCACACAGCUCACUAGGCUCCGGAGGUCCUCCUAUUCACCUGCAAUCCCAAGUACCCGUGAAUUCCCAAUGAGAUUGGACAAUCUUCUUUAUGAUGUGGAUGCUUCUACAACUUCUUCAUCCUCUGAUUCAGACACUCCUGCAAGCAGACCUCGACAAACUGUGGUGGAGGAUGAUCCAGUUGAUUCCAUGAAGGAGAAACCUUUAUAUUUGGGACAAAUCCAUAAAUCAGCCCCAGCUAAAUCCUCGGCCUCACUUGUGAAACCUGUGAAGCCGCAUUCAGUUGUUACUCCAUCAACUAACCGGAAGCCUGUCUCAGCUUCUUAUUCUUCUUCUUCAUCUUCUUCUUCUUCUUUAAGGAUGAGACGGGCUUCUUCUGCUGGUGAUUCAAAGAAACCUAGAAGGCCAAUUCAGGUUGCCGCAAGAGCUUCCUCAGGUUCAAAUAAGAGAUGGGUUUAGUAAAUAUGGUCUACUAGUAUGCAUCAUUUGCCAUUUCUGAGAAAAAAAAUGCUAUAUUGUAGCUAAAAGUAUGUUAUAUUCCAAAAAAAAUUCAUUCCAUAAUGUUGACUUCAUAUCAAUAUC